AUGGGUGUUGUAUCCAUAAAAGAGCUUCGCGAGGCGUUGGCGAAUAUCUACAGUCGUGGAGCUGUUCCGAUGUAUUCGGUUCGCAAGAGUACCGUUUCACCACCAUUUGCAUUGCCGCUUGAAAAUGGUCCUGAACGAUCGGUGUCCACGGUGGCAACCCAGACGCCGCUGAAAAAUGACCACUAUCAAGCUGAUGGAUCGGAUGCAGGCUCGUAUGCUUCUGAAUCACCGCCCGCCAUCGAUAUUUGA